ACACCAGGAUGUCGGACGCCGAAGAGCAGGAAUAUGAGGAGGAGCAGCCAGAAGAGGAGGCUGCAGAGGAGGAGGAGGAAGCCCCCGAAGAGCCGGAGCCGGCGGCAGAGCGAGAAGAGGAGCGCCCUAAACCAAGCCGUCCGAUGGUGCCUCCUUUGAUGCCCCCCAAGAUCCCAGAAGGGGAGCGCGUUGACUUCGAUGACAUCCACCGCAAGCGCAUGGAGAAGGACCUGCUGGAGCUGCAGACGCUCAUCGACGUGCACUUUGAGCAGAGGAAGAAAGAGGAAGAGGAGCUGAUCGCGCUGAAAGAGCGCAUUGAGCGGCGCCGGGCGGAGAGAGCCGAGCAGCAGCGCUUCAGGACGGAGAAGGAACGCGAGCGUCAGGCGAAGCUGGCGGAGGAGAAGAUGCGGAAGGAAGAGGAAGAGGCCAAGAAGCGGGCGGAGGAUGAUGCCAAAAAGAAGAAGGUUCUGUCCAACAUGGGGGCCCAUUUCGGAGGUUACCUGGUCAAGGCCGAACAGAAGCGUGGGAAACGGCAGACAGGGCGGGAGAUGAAAGUGCGAAUCCUGUCCGAGCGUAAGAAGCCUCUGGAAAUUGACUACAUGGGGGAGGACCAGCUCCGGGAGAAGGCCCAGGAGCUGUCGGACUGGAUCCACCAGCUGGAGUCCGAGAAGUUCGACCUGAUGGCAAAGAUGAAGCAGCAGAGAUAUGAGAUCAAUGUGCUGUACAACCGCAUCAGCCACGCCCAGAAGUUCCGGAAGGGGGCAGGGAAAGGCCGCGUUGGAGGCCGCUGGAAGUGAGGACGCCAGGGCAGUGGCCCACCCUGAGGCACCCGGGAGCCCUCGAGCAUUUGUUCCAUCUGUAGCGCGAAAUAAAUGCUCCCC